AUGGAAAACUUCCUGAGGGAAUGGCGGCAAGAUGCCCUCAACAAGGCGCAAUACGAGUCGGCCAUCUUUAUCGGCGACAAGCUGCUUGCAUUGACCAAUGAUGAUCAAGACGCAUUCUGGCUUGCCCAAGUCCACUUCGCGACAGGAAACUACACCCGUGCCCAAGCAUUCCUCUCCAGCCAGGACCUCAUCGCUCGAAACCCAUCAUGUCGCUACCUCGCCGGCCACUGCCUCAUAAAGCAGUCCCGCUUCGACGAAGCCCUCUCCGUUCUUGGCGACCGUAACCCGACGCAUCUCAUUGCCAACAACACCAGCAACAAGCGCAAGACACAGCCGCGCCAGGGACGACGUCGCGACCAGGCCGCUGAGGAGGAGGCUGCGAACCGGAGGUACGAGGCUGCCAUGUGUUUUCUCCGAGGUAUCUGCUACGCUAAGCAGAAUGCUUUUGACCGCGCCAAGGAGUGCUACAAAGACGCAGUGCGGAUCGAUGUGCAGUGCUUCGAGGCGUUUCAGCAGCUUAUGAACAACUCGCUGUUGUCGCCUGAUGAGGAGUGGCAGUUUCUUGAGAGUCUAGACUUUGACUCGAUUCACGUCUCGGGAGAUGUAUCGUCUUCACAGCAGGCUGCCGACUUUACGAAAAUGCUCUACACGACACGGCUGUCCAAGUACCGCAACCCUGCCGCAUUCGAGGCAGCCUACGAUUCUCUUUCGACACAUUACCAUCUGGCAUCAAAUCCAGACCUUCAGCUUGCGCGGGCUGAUCUUUUAUAUACGCAAUGUCGGUACCGCGAUGCUCUGAAUAUCACAAAUGGGAUUCUACAAGAGGACAAGUACAACUUCAGCGUAUAUCCGGUGCAUCUGGCAUGCCUGUUUGAGCUCAAAGAGAAGAAUCUCUUGUUUUUGAUUGCUCACGAUCUGGCUGAUAGCCACCCUGAAGAGCCAUGCUCGUGGCUCGCGGUUGGCAUUUACUAUUUUUCGAUCGGCAAAAUUCCCGAGGCGCGACGGUACUUUAGCAAAGCCAGUAUGAUGGAUGCACAUUUUGGGCCAGCGUGGAUAGGGUUUGCACAUACUUUUGCGGCAGAGGGCGAACACGAUCAGGCGAUUUCAGCCUAUUCAACAGCGGCGAGACUAUUCAUGGGUACACAUCUUCCACAAGUGUUUUUGGGGAUGCAGAACCACGCUCUCAACAACAUGACACUCGCAGAAGAGUUUCUCAAGACAGCUUACGGACUUUGCAAAACGGAUCCUCUUCUCUUGAACGAGAUGGGCAUUGUGAAAUAUCACCAGGACAAACCGAAGGAGGCGGCACAGUAUUUUACAGCAGCGCUUAAGAUCGCUGAUGAUAUGGACAGUGACCCCUCAGCGUGGUUAGCAGCCAGGACGAAUCUUGGUCAUUCAUUCCGUAGAUUGCGACACUUUAACCGAGCUUUGGCUGAGUUUGACGAGGUUUUGAGACAAGGAGGAAAGGAUGCGGCCAUAUUCAGCGCCAAGGGACUUAUUCUCAUGGAGCAGAGUAAGCCACAAGAAGCAGUGGUAGUCCUUCACGAAGCGUUGGCGAUCAACCCGCAGGAUAGCAUCGCGACUGAGUUGCUUAACAAGGCGCUAGAAGAGACGGCAUUGCUGGACGGUGCAGCAGAUUCUGAAGCUGAGGAUCUGCUAGAAUUCGAACGCACGCUUGACCAGCGCAAGCACGAUGCAGCUGUCAAGGUGAACGGCGGUCGAAGAACAGCAGGGAGAAUGGAGAAGGGCAAGGGGAGAGUGAGACGAUCACGACGGAUGACGGUGUUGGAGGAUGAGAACGAGGAUGAUUCGGAGGAGAAAGAGGACAGUAUGAUGGAGAUGAGCGAUACUGAGUAG